AUGCACCUACCCGCAGCAACAGCAGCAGCUGCAGCUGCAGCUGCAGCAACAGCUGCAGCAGCAGCAGGUCUCGCGAUGCCGUUGCAGCAGCUAGAAGCAGCAGAAAAUGAGUGGGAGCCUUCUCCUAUUGAUUAUAUGUUAUCUGCUGCUGCAGAUGAAGUACAGCUUCUACGCAGCAGAGGGUUUGCUGGGGGUCUCAGCAUAGGUGAGGUAGCGCUUUCUGCUGCUGUUGCUACUGUUGCAGCAGCCUACCUAAUGCUGCGGUGCUCUGUGCAUCUACCAAACAGCAGCAGCGACAGCAGCAGCAACAGCAGCAGCAGAGCAGCAGCAGCACUAAGACAUCUCUCAGCAGCAGAACCAAACAGAGGCAAAGACAUACCAGUGGUUUGCAGGGCUCUAGGAGCUCGUACUCCCGCCUCCUUCGGCGCUGCUGCUGCUGCUGCUGCUGCUGCUGCUGCAGGGGGGGAAGAGACAGAAGAAGAAGGAGAUCUUGUGCUGAGCGAUUUGUUGAAAGGCAUACGUUCUUAUGUUACUGAGUUAAGCGAAUUAAUAAACAAAGCAGAGCCGCUGCUGCGGAGCUUAAACCCUGUGCUGCGAGCUCGGUGUACAGCAGCACUUAUGUCUCUUACUGUAGUUGAGGUCUCUGCUUUAUUUUCUUUAAUGCAGCAUAAAGAAAGAGCAGGUAUUAAAGAGUGUUUAUAUAAAGUGUGGAAGAGGAUAUGGUCUAUUAGAGACAGCUUCAGCAGCACUGAUCUUACUGUAGCCCGCCAGCGUCAUCUCAAGAUGCUGCAUCUGCUGCUAAAUAGAUUGAGAGAAGGGCCUGCUUCUGCUGCUGCUGUUGCUGCUGGUGGUGCUGUUGCUGCUGCUGCUGCACCAGCAGCACCACCAGUAGCAUCUCUUUCGGAGGGAGAGAGAUUGAAACGAAUGAAGUUGCUGCAGCAGCUGCAGCAAAUAGCCCUGCAGCAACUCAAGCGCGGCCUCUUCUGGCUGAGACAAUCCAUAGAAGAAAGCCAAGAAGCUGCUGCUGCUGCAUCUGCUGCAGCAGCAGCAGCUGCUGCUGCAGCUGGUCCUUCUUCAGCUGCGGAUGUUCCUUGCUUUGAAGGAGGCGGCGGCGGCACAGCAGCAGAAGCAGCAGCAGCAGCAGCCGAAGCAGCAGCAGAAGCAGCAGCAAACCGCGUUGCUGCAGUGAUUAUAGCUAUCGAAAUGACUGCACACAGAAGAAGGUCUCAGGUGUUUGGAGACCCCUUACUAAGCCACUGGCUGAGGGAGACAGAGACACCAGAGAGACACCACGGCAUAUUAAUGAAAACAAUUGUAGAAAGAAUAUCUCAGAAGCCUCUGCAUGCGCAUGCUGAUCUCCUCGCUGGACUCAGAUCCUUGCCCCUGGGAUCGGGAGACGAUCCCACCCCACACGUUCCCCAGGCUAAGAUUGCAAGCGCACACCCCACAACAACCAGCAGCACCAGCAGCAGCAGCACCAGCGGCAGCAGCAGCAGCAGCAGAAGCAGCAGCAGCAGCAGAAGCAGCAGCAGCAGCAGAAGCAGCAGCAGCAGCAGCAGCAGCAGCAGAAACAGCAGCAGACAAUCUGCAAGGGCCCCAAGGCAGACAAAAGGAGACAAAUCAGCGCCUCCGAAAGGCAGUGCCACUGUCUCUCUUGCUGCAGGCCAGCAGAGCGGCCCCUCCAGCAGCUCUUCUGCUGCUGCUGCUGCUGCUGAAGAGGAGAAGCAAGAGAUAGUAUUCGAUGAUGUGUCCUUCCCGCAUCUCCGCAGCUCAGCAGAGUCUGCUGCUGCUCAUCAACCUGCUGCAGCAGAAGCAGCAGCAGCAACAGCAGCAGCAGGUGGUCAGCAAGACUCGUGGGUCUCCAAAGUUUUAGGUUGGUGGAAGCCCUCUUCUUCUGCUUCUUCUUCUUCUGCUUCUUCUUCUUCUGUUUCUUCUUCUGCUCCUGCUGCUUCUGCUGCUGCUGCUUCUGCUGCUGCUUCUUCUGCUGCUGCUGCUACUUCUGCUGCUUCUUCCUCCCGUCUUUCUUCUCCUUCUUCUGCGUCUUUUAAAGACACAUCGAAGCCCCCAGCAAAUUCUGUUGCAUCAGCACUUGCUGCUGCUGCUGCUUUUUCGCCUGAGGCCCAGGCUCUGUCGUCCACGCCACGCCCUGCUGCUGCUGCUGCUCCUGCUGCUGCUCCUGCUGCUGUCUCUCCCUGGAAACAGGCGUUAUCUCGUGAGCCAGCAAAAGCAGCAGGUGCUGCUACUGCUGCUGCUGAAGCCAUCAGCAGCAAUCCUGUUACCUUAAAGGUUGGGGGGCUGCGCAGGAGGGCCCCGAGGCAAACUGCUGCUGCUGCUGCUGCUGCUGCUGCUGCUGCUGCUGCUGAUCCUGCUGCUGCAGGGGCCUCGUCUGGGGAAGCAGGCGAGGAUAGAUGCAUUUCUUCUGAAGUGUCUGCUGUGUCCUUGGAGCUAUUGAAGCAACUGCAGCAACAGCAGCAGCAGCAGCAGCGGCAACAGCAGCAGCAGCAGCGGCAACAGCAGCAGCGGCAACCGCAGCAGCAGCAUCUGCCAGCAGCAGAAUCUGCCAGCAGCAGCAGCAACAGCAGCAGCAGCAGCAGCAGCAGCAGCAGCAGCAGCAGCAGCAGUUGUGGCUUGUGCUGCUUGCUGCUGUUUGUUGUUUGCUGA